AGAAAUACCAAGCCUGACUACUUGGGACAAACAAAACAAGAGUAGUAAAGAAAGACAAGGUGUCUAAACAAAAAAUAAAAAAUAGAAAUCAAACACAGAGAGAGAGAGAGAGAGAGAGAGAGAUGAAUAAAGGGUGUGCUUUGUGGUGGUUAAGCAAUGUGCAGGUGCCAAAGAAGAUAGAAAAUUUAAGCUGAGUUUGAAUGAGAAGUAAGCAGGCUAGUUGGCAGUGUUCCCAGGCAGAGAGAUAAAUAGAUAGAAAGAAAGAAAGAGAAAAAAGAAGAAAGGGAGGUGGUGGUCUUAAAAUUGGACAAGUGAAAGAGGCAAAAAAAAGAAAAGAAAAGUCAUAGAAAGAGAAAGAGAUAGAGAUUGAGAUGGUGGGCUCAGGAGCAACAGAUAGGAGCAAAGAAGCUGUUGGGAUGAUGGCCCUUCAUGAGGCCCUCAGAAGCGUCUGUCUCAACACAGACUGGACUUACUCUGUCUUCUGGACCAUCCGUCCACGCCCGAGAGUCAGAGGAGGUAAUGGCUGCAAGGUUGGGGAUGACAAUGGCAGCUUGAUGUUGAUGUGGGAAGAUGGGUUUUGUCGAGGAAGGGUUUCAUCAGAUUGUCUUGAAGAUAUUGACGGAGAAGAUCCUGUCAGGAAAGCCUUCAGCAAAAUGUCCAUUCAGCUGUAUAAUUAUGGAGAGGGGUUGAUGGGGAAGGUUGCAUCUGAUAAGUGCCACAAAUGGGUUUUCAAAGAACCUACAGAGUGUGAACCAAACAUCUCCAACUACUGGCAAAGUUCUUUUGAUGCUCUUCCUCCUGAAUGGACUGAUCAGUUUGAGUCGGGCAUUCAGACAAUUGCUGUAAUUCAAGCUGGUCAUGGUCUUCUACAGUUGGGCUCCUGCAAGAUUAUACCAGAAGACCUUCACUUUGUGCUAAGAAUGAGGCAUACCUUUGAGUCUCUAGGCUACCAAUCUGGUUUUUACCUCUCCCAACUAUUUUCCUCUACCAGAAACAACUCUGCCUCAUCAGUGCUUCCUUCAAAGCUGUCCCCAAUUCCGAUCCGGCCUCCUCCUCCUCUCUUCAAUUGGGCUCAAAGGCCUCUUCCAUCUGCAACAGCUAUGCAGCUGCCUUCCCCCAACAGUUUCCAGAACUCUGCAGCCAGACUUGGAUACAAUCCACAGGCCAAUAAAGACGAGACACACAUGUUUUUGCUGCCUCAUUCAGCUGAAACACAAAUCGGAGGAGACAUGAUGGGAGGAGGAGGAGGAGGAGGAGGAGGAGAGCAUGAAAAUGACAUCAAAUGGCCAAAUGGAUUGUCUUUCUUCAAUGCCCUCACGGGACGUUCCGAUGAUGCAAAGCUUUUGUUCAAUCCGGAGAACUUGGGAAACAAAGGUGGAGACGAAAAUCACCACCACAACCCGAAUCCAAACUCAGAUCAUGCUUCGAAUCACGAGUUUUUGAGCUUGGAUUGCCACCCGGAUAGUAGUGCGAGGAAGAACAUGGAGAACAAGUACAAGAGGAGCUUUACUUUGCCUGCAAGAAUGGCUUCAUCAUCUUCAAACUCAGUUGAUCACCAUCAGCACCAAUCUGUGGGGUAUCGAAAUGCUGAAGCUGGUAUGUACUCUGAUGUUAUGGAGACUUUCUUGGAGUGAAAUGGGAAGGGAGGAUUGUAUUAGAGGGACAAUGGGUGAGGAGUUGUAUGUAGGCAAAGCUUUUGAGCUCCUUUGCUGCUUAUACUUCUGUGAUCGAUUUCAUGUUCUAGCUCUUUAUAUGUUUAUGUGUUUUCAUCCCAGUUAGUGAGACUUAAUUAGAGAUCAUUUUGUACUUCUUGUUCAUCCCAAGAAGAAUUUCCCUCCUUUCUUUUGUU